CAUGUGACUAACAUAAUGGCCAGUACCUAACCUGGUCCGUUACUGCCGGCUUCAGCCUGGUGAAAGAUGGUGGCUUACAAGCUUUGGACCAGCCUCCGAGGGGCGAAGGGGCGGUUAUUUCUGCUGCUGCUGCUGCUGCUGUUGCUGGGGCUGCUGCCGGGGCCUCACCACCCCGCGUGGGUGUUCGGCUUUCGACCCCCUCUGAAACGCUUGCUGCACAGGGACCCCUACGUCCUGGAUGAUGUCCCUGGGCUCGGUCGGGUGUUUGACGGCAUCGGCGGGCUGAGCGGUGGCGGGGCAACCUCCAGACUUCUGGUCAAUUACCCUGAGCCUUAUCGUUCCGAAAUAUUGGAUUAUUUAUUUAAGCCAAACUUUGGUGCCUCUUUGCAUAUUCUGAAAGUGGAAAUAGGUGGUGAUGGACAAACAACAGAUGGCACUGAGCCCUCUCAUAUGCACUAUGCAGAUGACAAGAACUAUUUCCGGGGUUAUGAAUGGUGGCUAAUGAAGGAAGCUAAGAAGAGGAAUCCCAAUAUUAAACUUGUUGGGUUACCCUGGUCAUUUCCUGGUUGGAUAGGUGAUGGUCAAAACUGGCCCUAUGUCAUGCCUCAUGUUACUGCUUUGUAUGUCGUGAGCUGGAUUUUGGGUGCUAAACAAUAUCAUGAUUUGGAUAUCGAUUACAUUGGGAUUUGGAACGAGAGAGCAUUUGACAGUGAAUAUGUAAAGGUAUUAAGAAAAAUACUUUAUCAGUAUGGCCUGAACAGAGUGAAGAUCAUAGCCAGUGAUUACCUCUGGCAGCCCAUUUCCUUUUCUAUGUUACAUGAUCGUGAACUCAUGGAAGCCAUUGAUGUUAUCGGGGCUCAUUAUCCUGGAACUCAUACUGUAGCUGCAGCCCUGGCAACCAACAAAAUACUCUGGUCUUCAGAAGAUUAUAGCACUUUCAAUGAUGAAGUGGGUGGAGGCUGCUGGGCCCGCAUCUUGAAUCAGAAUUAUGUGAAUGGCAACAUGUCUGCCACAAUCGCUUGGAACUUGGUGGCUAGUUACUAUCAGCAGCUACCUUUUGGGAGAGAUGGACUAAUGACUGCUCAGGAGCCCUGGAGUGGGCAUUAUGUCGUGGAGAGUCCUGUCUGGAUUUCGGCUCAUACCACUCAGUUUGCUCAGCCAGGAUGGCAAUACCUGAAAACAGUUGGCCAUUUACUUGACGGUGGAAGCUAUGUAGCUCUUACUGAUGGCUUAGGUAACCUCACUGUUAUCAUAGAAACCAUGACUCAUAAGCAUUCAAAAUGCAUAAGGCCACCUCUUCCUUUCUUCAGAGUGUCUGAACAAACUGCAAGUUUCACUCUUAAGGGAUCCUUUAAAGAAUUAAGAACGCUACAGGUAUGGUAUUCCAAAUUCGGGAGCCAAGCUGGGAAUACCUCCGUCUUAUUCAAACAGCUACCUCCUCUAAAGAUUACUAAUGGCACAGUCACAUUAAAAUUAGGUGUGGAUGAAGUAUAUACUUUAACAACGAUCACUACAGGUCAGAAGGGCAGUUAUCCUAUUCCUCCAGUAUCACAACCAUUUCCAACUAGCUAUAAAGAUGAUUUCAAUAUUCGUAAUCCACCUUUUAGUGAAGCUCCGAAUUUUGCUGAUCAGACAGGAGUAUUUGAGUACUUCACCAAUGUCGAACAGGUGGGGGACCAUGCCUUUACCUUACGCCAAGUGGUCACUGAGCGACCAAUCACUUGGGCCUUUGAUGCAGAUCAGACGAUCAGUAUAAUAGGAGACUAUAACUGCACUACAGAGGAAUUAUGGCUGUGGAAGAGUGAGCUGCACUGUCUUCUAUUUCAUCCAUUAUCUAUAAAAUUUCCUGAUAAGUGCUGAAUCCAGAAUCACUUAUUAUGGGUUGUGAUAUGUGAGGCAGAAAAAAAUUGUAAGGUCUCUCUCAAUUUAAAUAGAAAGAUGAGUUUAUCAUGCUGUCUGUGCUACUUGUGGUCCUUUUAAACAUCUGAGUAACAGGAAUGAAGUAGGGCGUAUGGAUUACAUAGUUGAUUAAAUAUAGUUUCUUCCCAGUAAGUUCACAGCUUAGAUAGCAAAGAGAUAUUUUUUUACCCUUAUGCAUACACUUGUAAUUGUGAAAACUAAGAUUGUUUUUGCCAUGGAGUUGUAGAAAGCCAUAGUUUGUUAGAGCUGAAAGGGACCCCAGAAUUUACCUAGUGUAUAAUCUCUUUAUUUUACAGAUGUGGAAGCUGGGACAUUGGCUUUUCUGUAAAGUACUCCCUUUCCUCCAUUAGUUAUUGUAAUGUUGAGGUGAUUUUCUUAAUUGCAAUUUCAUUUUGAAGAUGCUGCUUUAGUUUUAUUUUCCUUUAAAUGAAAUAGUCAUUUCCAGUGUGUGAACGCUAAUUCCAGGGCCAGCACUCACCUACCCACAGUGCCUGGGAUAUGAUGGGAGCUUAAUAAAUACUUGUCUGUUCAUCGAAGAUCAUCAGUAAAAAGAGAUUCUGAGAGCUAAAGAAAACCCCCACUUCAUUCUGGUUCCCCACUUUCUUUCUUGUCCACCUUACUCAGAAUUUCAUUGCAAAAAUGUCAUUUGUUUCCCCUAACCUCACGGUUUGGAGUAGUCAUUAGUCAUUAAAUAGUAUAUAAAUUAAUUUCAGAGAUAAUAUAAUUUGUUUUUUCGUCAUUCUUCACGCAGAAUUGAAUAAAGCAAUUGCAACCAUGCAAUUGCCCCUGGGUGGUAUAAAAUAAACCUAGAGAGAGUUCAUUGUG